AUGAUCUGGCUGAACUACAGCAACAUCAUGCGGGUGGAGGGGUACAGCAUGAUCGAGCACAUGGAGGUUCUUUACAGACGGUAUCUCGAAUGGGCUGACAGGUUGCCGCUGGAACUGGUGCGGAGUGGAGAGAGCGUUCACCAUGUUCUGAUUCUGCACAUUUACUUCCAUGCGUUUGUGCUGGAUCUCUUCCGUCCCCUGGUCCAUCACGGCGACGCCAUGCGAGCCCGGCUCGAGUCUUUUACCUCCCCGCAAGCGACUCCCGAGGCCAUCUGCCUCGCUUCAGCAACCCAACUAGGCCGGAUCGUGACCACGUACCUCCAGGGGUGCAGCUCCGCGUACCACAGCUUCCCUUGGAGCACGGCGCUUCUCUACUUUGCGAACGCCGUCAUGCGAGAACUGGGGCGCGCCGCCGACACUUCCGAGAAGCUGGCCGACUUGCGCACAUGCAUCUUCGGCUAUCAGAGGCUACAGCGCUCGUUCCGGCUGUCGUAUGGGAUCAUUCGCAGUCUGCUGUCGAUGGCGCUGCGGGAAGGGGUCGUGGGGUCAUCGGAGGCGAGAGCCAUCAUCAACGACACGGAUGAGAGGGCGAAGCAUCAUCGGGGACAUGGCGAGGUCCAGGCGCCGUUUAUCGUCGAUCUCGACCUAGGAACGUUGGAUCCGGUGGCGACGCACGUCGACAGGCUGGCGGCCGAGUUCGAGGAGCUCGCGAUCUUCAACGAGUUUACAGUGGUCUUUUUGGGGCGGGAGGCGACGAACACCUCGACCCAUGUUGUGGGUUCUGAUACGGAAGGCUGA